UAUAUAACGAGGUAAAACCAAGCCAGGAAACUGACUGCGGUAAAGCGACACUCAUAAACGAUGCUCGUCUUGCCACUCUUUGUUUUGUUCUUACCACAAGUGCUCAGCGAAUAUGUAAAACGUGGAGAAUGCCCUGGACCUGGCCAAAAUCCCAAUAAAACCGUCGAAAGCUGUAACUACUACUGCAAAGGUAACAACACAAAAUGGGUCAAUACCUUCUUCGUCGAAGGAACAGUAUGUGAGUAUUCCGGAGGAACGGGGUAUUGUUUGGUGGAUGAUAUCGGGACCAGUUGCUACCCCAGGACACACGGAAGGGUCGAGCGGUGGAAAGCAGAAACGAGCGGGUCGAGUACCAAGUCUCCGACGAGAAAGACAAAAAAGAAGAAAGAUAAAAAGAAGAAACCCGAAAAUAAAAACAAUACUAAGUCGACCACGACGCGCAGGGCAUCUAAAAGGCCGCCCAGAAGGAAAACACCCCGUAAAAAGCUUAGAGUGGGAUCUGCAAGCACGGCUCCACGGUGUUAG